GCCAAAGAUCAAAAUGUCGACGAGUGUUCGUAGCGAAACGUGGUAUUGUGUCCCAUAGAGGAUGGAAAUUUAAUAAAGGAGGGAGCAAAAAGAGUAUACCAUACUUGUUCUCUGCAUUAAUAGAUAAAAAUAGAAGAAAGAUUUAUCGUUGCCCAAGUAUACUUAUUUAGCAAAUAUGGUGCUGUCGUGUCGAUUUUAUAAAGAAAAAUAUCCAGAAGUGGAAGAUGUAGUAAUGGUGAAUGUGCGCAGUAUAGCUGAGAUGGGUGCGUAUGUGCAUCUAUUGGAGUAUAACAAUAUUGAGGGCAUGAUCCUGCUUUCUGAACUGUCCAGGAGACGUAUUAGGUCCAUUAACAAACUUAUUCGAGUAGGCAAAACUGAACCAGUUGUCGUUAUUCGAGUAGAUAAGGAAAAAGGUUAUAUUGAUCUGAGCAAGCGUCGUGUGUCUGCUGAAGAUGUGGAAAAGUGUACAGAAAGAUAUGCUAAAGCUAAAGCUGUUAACUCAAUUUUAAGACAUGUAGCAGAAUUGUUACAUUAUGAUAAUGAUGAUCAAUUAGAAGAAUUGUAUCAGAAGACAGCCUGGUAUUUUGAAGAAAAAUAUAAGAAACAGAAAGCGUCUGCUUAUGAUUUUUUUAAGCAAUCAGUAUUGGAUCCUUCCAUCUUAGCAGAAUGUGGCCUGGAUGAACACACGAAAGAAGUAUUGUUAAAUAAUAUCAAACGGAAACUCACCUCUCAAGCAGUCAAAAUUAGAGCAGAUGUGGAAGUAGCAUGUUAUGGCUAUGAAGGUAUUGACGCUGUAAAGACUGCAUUGAAGGCUGGCUUAGCUCUCUCAACAGAUGAACUCCCCAUAAAAAUCAAUUUAAUCGCUCCUCCUUUGUAUGUUAUGACGACAUCGACACCGGAAAAACAAGAUGGAUUAAAGGCGUUAGGUGACGCAAUCGAAGUUAUUCAGAGUAAAAUAACGUCGCUUGGUGGUGUAUUCAAUGUCCAAAUGGCACCAAAAGUUGUUACCGCAACAGAUGAAGCGGAAUUAGCGCGACAGAUGGAACGUGCGGAACUUGAAAAUGCAGAAGUCGCUGGCGACGAUGAUGAAGAGGAAGUAGAGGGAAUGGAGGGCGAUUUCAGCGGCGGAGAAGGAACUGAGCAGAAUAGUAAAAUCGAAUUUAACAAUAAAGCAGAGCAUAAUAAUAAAGGAGAAGACAUUUCUGAGGACGAAAAUUGAAUAUACAUAUACAUAUAUUCAGAUAAUAUAAUACACAUUUGAUAAACUGAGAUCUUCGCACGUGUUUUUUUUAUUACAGCUAGAUUCUAAAAAGUGUUCUACUGUUUGGUUGAACAUACUAGCGCAGUUCUUUUCAAUAUUCAUGAAAAUAAAAAUUGUAAAAAUUAAUCCACUGUAAUCUA